AUGGUGUCUCGAAAGCAGAAAAGAGUUUUGAGGUACGUGGAGGAGGGGAGUCUUCUGAAAUUGAAGUCUUACUUGCGUAAACACGCAGACCUCAAACUAAACUUCUCGCAGGGAAAGAGGCGCAGAAGUCCUUUACAUAUUGUCUGUUCACACGGCGACGACGGAAUCCUUAGAUUGUUACUGAAACAUGGAGCAGAUCCCCUACAAAGGGACCGGAAUGGGGACACGCCGCUGCACCUGGCCGCGAAGAGGGCCUUGAAAUACGGCAGACGAGAUUAUAAUGACCUCGUGGUUCCCAUUACGAAAAAUUGCCCGGCUGCGAUGAACGCAGAGAACAAAGCUGGAGUGACCCCCCAGGACUUGCUUAAAGGGAUGAGUUUCAGUCAGAGGGCAGAGGCAGAAGAGAGUCCACGUGAUGCAGACCCGGAACGAGAGUGGAGGGAGAAGCUAUUUGGUGAAUGCCAGGAUGAGUUUUAUGAGACUUUUGGACAGUAUGAUGAUGACUUCCUACGUGAUGAUGACGAUGAGGAAGAUUUUGGGGACUGGGCAGAGCGCAUUCGGAGGGAGUACGUCACGAAGCAGCACGCGCGGGCACAGAGAGAGGCGGCAGCCGCCUCCUCGGCGGGAAGGAGGACGAAGGGGAGGAAGGAGACGGAGGAAGACGAGAGGAGUCGUCAGGAGCUGAGGGCCAGACUGGAGAGGGAGCACGCCGAGUACCUCCAGCGCGCCGCCCGCAAGGAGGAGGAGACACGGCGGGGGAAGAAACGGCGCUACGAGGAGCGCUGCGCCGCCACGUUCGACAGCGCCGCCGGCAGGUCGGCGGAGGGGCAGCUCUGUUACGACGACAUCCCCUGGCCGGCCCCGCGGGGCUCGUUGGAGGAAAUGGUGGCGGUGAUGCUGCACGGCGCUGACCGCGCGGACGUCCCGGCCUUCCGCAAGCUGCUGAGACGCCAGCAGGCUCUCUGGCACCCGGACAAGUUCGCCCAACGCUGCGGCGGACGGCUCAAGGAGAGCGACAGGCAGAAAAUCUUAGACACGGUCACUGCACUCUCCCAAGAACUCAACAGACUGGCUCAGAGCCUCAGAUGACGUACACCGUAGACCAUCUGGACCUGGUCUGAAAGAGCCCGGUACCUUCUCAGCUGUUUAGUCGGUUUAUUUAGAAAGGUUGUCCUGGAAGACUGAAGUCCUGCUGCUACUGGUCCUCAUCUCACUGUGUGUACUCCUCAGCCAAUGAGAGACCGCAGGUGCUGAUUAAUAUGUAAACUAGCAGGAUUGUAACUGCCCCCUUCAGGACUGGGUGUAGCCACGCCU